AUGUCAGACAACACUGGAACCAACACCAGCUUCUCACCCCCCAGACGCCACUGGAACGGGGAAGUUGGCGCUCGCCAUGAACAUCAAAACGUCUGGAUGAAUGGCGGUGCUCGUGCGACUGCCCCCAUGGCCCCGUGGGCUGGCUGGGAUGCUGACAAGAAAGAACGCCGUACAUCAGAUUCAUCCACACGGUCCAACAGCAGUACUAGCUCCGGCUCUAAAUCGCUGUUUGACUCGCUAAACACCCAGAAAAGAGGAAGCUUCUCGGAUGCCGAUCAAGCCCAGAGACGACGCAGUUAUGCCGAGAUGUUGCCUGAGCGCGGCUUCUUUUCGAGGAUGUGGCAUGGAUAUACAACGGGGUCGAAGUGA